GGCAUGCACCGACCAGGAAGGUGUUUCCCUCUGGCCAACCAACUCAUUCAUCAUUCAGCCACGAGCCACAAAAGGUUUUCACCGUUCGUCCGCGAGUUCAGGUUCAGUUCAGUUUAGCUGCAUCAGUCGUCGCGUCGUUCAUUGACCACGUCGCAACUCCGUCAUCGCGACGUCUGAAAUACCGAGAAAAGUGGUGACUUCUGCGCACUGUUCCGUCGUUUAAGAUCGGUCAAGUGGAAUUUUUGACACGUCAAAUCAAAGUCGUGCAGGGAGUAAUAUUUGGCGAGAUUUCAGUACUCAACCAACUUCCUCGAAAUCACAGCCGUGACCUUGAUAGAUCACAGUAGGCAUUGAGCCUAACUGAAAGGGGUUCACCACCAAGUGAAAAAGAAAGAAAUUAGAUUUGCGUAUUUUUCUGCGUUUGUGUGCGUCAUUGCGAAUCAUGGCCUGCUGUAGUUGCUGUCGUUGUGGUUGUGUUUCGUACGGUUGUGGUGGUAGUUUCUAAAAAAUAAAGAGGCACAGGCAAUAAGGAACUGGCACAGAACAAUUUGAGAGUGAAAAUUUUGGCGGGCACCAGACGGGGAAUUUCGUUGAACAAUAUGAGGCCAGUAUCUAGCGGUCGCCGAGAACGUCAGUCCAGCGUAGUACAAGCGGCAAUCCUGUCAGCAUCUGCCGAACAUCCGGAACUUCCGGCUAACGACGAUAACCAGCAGCUUCCGAUCGUGGCCAAAAACCACUUCAACCACCAGCGGCGCCAUUUUCCGUUCCGUUUAGCACCGCCACCGCCUCCCUUGGCGAUGGUCGUCAUGGCACACUGGGAUUAGCCACCCCCUUCCAAGACCGGAAGUACUCGAUUGAAGACUACUUCGAUUGAAGAUCCGAUGCGCAACUGCGCACCGCAAGUGUGAACUCAGUGCAAACAAAGGACUUCUGAUCAAAGCUCGAAACAUUCCCGCGAUUUUGCAUGUGUGAAAUCUGAAGCUGUGUGCACCCGCCGCCGCGUUGUGUGUUAUUGUUUGCGAUUAACUCUGGUUCUUGUUUUUAAAACAUCCGUUGACAAGGCAAAAGCAGUGACUUUGAGAAAGUGGGAAAUAUUUCGCCGGGGCGCGCGCGUGUAGACCAUCCUAGUAGACUGUGCCAAGAAAGUUAUUGAUCCAAAGCAACCAUGGCGGGAAACGACCUUGAUCUCGACGACAUGAUGAACAAUAACGAUAACUUUAACAACGAAGACAACCAGAACAACAACAGCCCCGCCGGACCGUCGGUCUGGAUCUUCGGCUACGGGAGCCUCUGUUGGUAUCCGGGCUUCGAGUACGACAAAUGCAUCACCGGGUACGUGCGUGGUUACGUGCGCCGGUUCUGGCAGGGCAACACGACCCACCGGGGAACGCACGAGAAGCCCGGACGAGUCGCGACCCUGGUCGAGGAAAAAGAUGGCAUCACGUGGGGCUGCGCGUUCCAAGUGUCCGGCACGCUGGCCCUGGACUAUCUGCGCCAGCGCGAGUGCACCCUCGGCGGCUAUCUCACCGACUACAUCAAGUUCUUCCCCCGGCUGGCCAGCGAACAUUCCGGCAUCAGCGGGGAGGCCUUCCCGGCGCUGGUUUACAUCGCCACGCCCAAAAACGAUCUCUGGAUCGGCGAAGAACCGAUCGUGGAAACGGCGCGCCAGAUCGCCCAGUGCAGUGGCCCGAGCGGACACAACGUCGAGUAUCUCGUCCGGUUGGCGGUGUUUAUGCGCGAGGAGCUGCCGGGCGCCUCGGACGAGCAUCUGUUCGAACUGGAGGGGCUGGUGCGGCGAUUUGUGGCCGAGGCGAACCUUUCGAUUGGGGCGCUGCUGGGAAGCACGCCGCGCCGCAUUCGGCGGGACUCGCACGAGAACGUGCGACGCCACGUUUCGUUCGAGUUCACGUCACGCGUGCCGGAGAAGAGGCUCAGAUGUUUGCACAUUUAAGACCAACAUUGCAUCCUGCUAACCUAAUUGUAUGCCAAUAAGUGUUUUUUUUUUCUUCUUUUUCUUUUAUGUUGCGAUUAAGUUAUUGUUUGCUUGAGCUUAGUGUCAAGUUGUGACUAUGAAGCGAUAUUAUCUAGUAUGUAUGUAACGGAAUAAACCAAAACGCGCAAACUAUUUGUAUAAGACAGCUUUUUAUUCAUUAUUAAAUAUAAGUGCUAAAUUUACUUGCAAAAA